AUGGCUCCGUACCACGUCACAGAUGAAGAAAAUGGACCAUUGGUCGUUGUAUCAUCUGCAAUCAUGAUGACUUAUAUGAUACUUUGUUAUCUUGUUAGGGUCUUCAUGAGAUUCACGAUCAAUGGUCCGUUUGGGAAAGAUGAUUGGUCUUUGACAAUUGGAUCUCUCAUAGCGGUGGUACAGACCGGUCUAAAAAUAUCAGAGGCAUAUGCCGGCCUUGGGCGACGAAGGCAUCUAGUACCUUUAGAGGAAAUUGAACGAAUUGAAAAAUUGGCGUACGCUGGCGAUAUCUUUUACCUUGUUGCACUCGCAUUUUCGCGUGUUAGCACCUUUCUACUCAUUGCUCGACUGACCCGACAAAAAAACCACCUCCGGGCAGCAAGCCUGGGUGCUAUUGGGUCGAUGGUCGUCAACAUAACGUCGGUAUUCCUUAUUUGCAUGCGCUGUGACCUUUCGAGGCCGUGGGACCUCAUCUCGCCAGGCUGCUCUCAAAUGUAUUCGCGGUGGUAUACCGUCGAGACCUUGGGCAUCCUUGUUGAGCUCUAUGCAGCAUGGGUUCCCAUAUACCUCCUCUGGAGUCUUCAAAUGCAGAUCAAGUCAAAGCUCGUUGUUUUGUUUGCAUUCUCUUUCCGCCUUCCAGUUCUUGUGGCAGCAGGCGCACGUUUAUACUAUCUUCGUCAACAGCAAAUGCACGAGGACUUCCUUUUUUAUGGAGCUGCUGCAUCUGUGUGUCUCGAAGUUGAGCUUCACUAUGGGUUGAUGGCAGCCACGAUACCAUGCUUGAAACCAUUCGUGAAAUUGUUCAACACCGGGUGGUUUGACACGAGGGCUACGCAUAGCACCAGUGGGGGAGAGCAGUAUGCUCUAUCGAACAUUCAACCCGCUGAGAUCACGGUAACCACGGAGGACCAGCCCGCGAGAAGAAAGUGGAAUGAUCGGCGGCAUGUGCGGUCGCAGGGUUCCAGUGCCCCUUCUUCCGCUGGUUCCGAUAUAAUGAUUAUUCGCCAGACCACUGCCUGGGAUGUUACUUAUGACACUAAUGACCAGACCAUAUAA